GAUAUCAACAAAGGUUUACCCAUCGAUUAUAAAAGCGGCUCAGCCUGCUCAACACCCACAAAAGACACACUCAAAGGUUACGAGCGCAGCACGAACAAUUGCAUGGGACCCGUGCUUCCACCGCGCAGCGUCAUGAGCGGCCUGCCCGCGCAUCACUAUUCGACACCGAUGAACUUCCGCAAAGGUUUGGCGGCGCGCUGGCAUCGUUGGCGAUGUGCGCUCAACAUUUGUUUGGCGGUAUUUGCGUUACUUGGCCUGAUUUCCAUAGUUCUAUAUGUUUCCGGUGUGCUACACUUAUCCAUCGACGAACCACGCACAAUUCUAGUCGGCAAUGAGGCAUCCGAGGUGACGGCCGCCAAAAGCACUAAUACGGAUCUAACGAAAUUCGGACAACCCACCACGGUCACUGCAUCAACGGCAACCUCAUCGCUCUCUUCGAUAUCGGCAUCACAAGCGGCAGCGGCGCAGGCGGCAGCAGCGGCUUCAGCGGCAAUUAACGGCAAUGGUGGCUUGUUGGGUGGCAGUGGCAUUAAUGGUGGUAGUGGUAUUGGUGGUGGCACCUCACCAUCAUCCACUGCCUACCAAUCGCCAGCAUCAGCGUCCUCAGCUGUAGCCGCCAUUGGUACGCCGGGAGCAGUUGCAUCUUCACCCUCAUCAUCGCUGUCCUCAUCGCUGGCAAAUGCCAAUAAUGGAGGCAUCAGAUAUGAAGUGCUGCCAGCAGCAGAUAUGCGCGCCACAUGGUCGCACUGGAAGCGCGUGGACGCGCACAAAACAACCCAACAAAAGUGGAAGCACUUAACAAAGGAUAACGCAGCACCAGCAACAGCGGCAGUGACACACCUGUCAACUGUCGCACAACGCAAAGGGCUUCAACAACAAAAAUACGCAAGCAGUGAUGACUGGGCAGCGGUAGUGGCAACUAGCGGUGGUAACAAGUGGCAAAAACACAAGCAGCACAUCAAACGCCAGCAGCAGCAAAAUCGUAAACUCCAAACGCCAUUGCUGUCGCGGCAACAACAACAUGGCGUGCGCAAGAAACGUUAUCGACGGAGUUUAAUGACAGACCAAAGUUUCGCAAGCAUCGACUUAAUUACAAAAACUCUCGAAGAGUAUGAUGAUAUGAAUUGGCGCGACGAAGGCAAUAACGGCAAAAAGAACAAAGUCACUGAACGCAACUGGGAAAAUGGUGGUGGCUUAAAUGAUGAAAAUGCAAAGCACAGCGGCAGUAAUACGCGCACUGACGACAAUAGUGAGAAGGUCGCUGACAGCUUUGAAGUUGUUGAAAACGCAAAGCUCAUAACGCCGGAGUUGGAGUUGGACGCAAAGAUGAUUGAAUUGGCCGCGCUACCAGUAGAGGAAGAAAUGCUUGCAAAUAUGAGCGCGCGGCUCUCGGAAGUGCGGAAAAUGGAAGAUCUUGACAUUCCUGCACACGCACAAAGGCAAGUAAGUGAUACAGCGGCUGACGCUGAGGGCGGAAACUUAAGCAAAAUACCUUCGACGGACGCUGAGGUGGGUACGUCUAGUGACAGCGCAACAUUGACGCAUUCAAUCCAAGCGACUAUCAAUGCAACGCAGACUACAGCAAGUGAUGAAGGUAAUGCGCUGCCAACAAAUCUAUUAACAGCCACAAAUAUGCGUUGUCAAACACCAGAAAAAGGAGGCGCGCAACAUAAAUGUCAAAUGAACGCGCUACCUGACAUCAAAGGUGAAAGUAAUUUUGUGGCGACGGCGGAAAAGCGCGAAAAUGAAGUUAAAGACGAAAGUAAGCAUGUCCUAGAUAUGAGCGCUUACAGCGCGCAAAGUGAUUAUGAUAACAACAAUAACAAGAAUGCACCCAACAGUAAUCAAACGCCAGUAAAACCUGGCGGCGUUGCCACAGCACAAACUUUGCAAAUCAAUAACGUAUUAGGUCUCAAUCAAAGCACUAAUAAUGACAAAAAAAUUGCUGUCUCCAUUGAAGUUGAAGCUGAGGAAGAAGCAUCUUCUAGCGCUUUCGAAUAUGAUGACGACGCGUCUGAUGAACAGCAUAUCGGUGAUACAUUGACGACCAUUGCCAAAGUUUUAUCAAAGGCUUUUGAGGAUAAAAAUAAUGAAGUGGCAAUGUUGAUAGAAAAGAAGACGGACGCGACGCACGAAAAUGACGCGAAAAUAUACGAGGCGGCAGGGAGAAUGCCAUCAAAGACAGUUCAAAGAGAACUAAACGUAGACGCUGGGCGUGCGUCUGACGUAAUCGCUACCUUGGCAACACCGCCCGCGUCUACAUUGGUCCCCAGUGACAUUUAUAAUGUGGCUUAUAGUGAUAUUGAUUACGUUGAAGGUAACACGCAGCGACAAGGAAAAGACUUUAGCGCGGCGCUUGUUAACAAAGUAAACAGAAGAAAACUAAGUCCAUUUAAAGCGACGACUGAAAUUAAUGAGAUAUCGAUGACAACAGACGCGCCAUUUAGCAAACAUGAAGCAAAAAUGCGUGGCGCGGCAGUUGAAAAGUGGAAAAAAGCCUACAAGGCAGGCAGGAGCAAUUUGCAUGGCCACAAGGUGUACGCGCCAGCACAUAGUAAGAAACUUAAAAAGCAAAUGGGGCGCGCGCUACACGCACCUGACCACGUUUUGACGACAGCAUCGAGGAUAGCGCAAUUGGUUGAUGCGAUUAUUAAUGAUGAUAAUCAAAUUGACAGGCCACCAGCAAUGGCCGCGCAAAAGGAUGAGGAGGCCAAAGAAGGCGCAGAACAAGUGUCAGUCAAUAACGAAUGCGGCGAUGCUGCGGAAAUUGACAAAAACGUCGCAGCAAAUGAUGAUAAUAAAAUAGGCGGCGGCACGACAAAAAAGUCGCACAACGAAAUGAAAGAAAGAACAAGCGCACCAGAAACUACCACGUGCAGCAGCCACUCGCAUGAUUUUGAUGAUGCAAAUGAUUUUCAAAUCAAUCGCCAUAAUAGAGCGGCAAAUGACGCGUUGAGUGAUAGUGAAAGCGAUAUGCUCAUAGCUGCAACUGAUGAUAACAAUAAUGAGCGCGAUUUAGUUGACAGCUAUGAUGAUGGCGACUAUGACGCGCACACGCCACAGCCACCAUCGCCGGCACUGGAGUUGUCCGCAGGCACGUCAAAUGUCAUAAAAAUUGAUAAAUCCGAAAGGAAUGAGCAAAAACAGCAGCAGCAGCAGCAGCCGCCGAGUGGAGAAUAUGUUGAAAAGCAGGAUGCAAGGAGCACGCGCGCGGAAUGGCAAGAAAAUCAAGCGCCUGGACGAGAACUGGAAAUUAAACUAAACGGAAGUCAAACACAAAAUGGACGCGCUACAACGAUUGAGCAAAAUACAGCAAUUGCUGGUGUGCAUGUCGACGCUGAUGGCGUUGAUGACGUUGAGACAACCACCACAACCACAACCAAACAAACAAUAAUGGUAACAGCUGAUGAACGACAAACGAUGGAGAUAAAUGAGCUCACGUCAGUGGCAAGAAAAUCAGCUGCCGAAAGAGGCGACCGACGAAAAAGUGAUUUAGAGGUUUUUGGUGGAGAUGGAAAUGAAAAUGGAGCGGAAGUAGAAGAAGAUGUCGCGGCAGCUAAAGACCAAGCAAAUGUUAAAGCGCCAGUGGCAGCGACAGAAUCAGAAACGGAAACCGUAGCAGAAAGAGGCUACUCGCAAAUGACCGACAUAGAAGUAGUAGAUGGAGCAGGAAAUUUCCCACAAUCUGGCACCACUGAACACAUUAACGCCACAGUGUUGCAUGCUAGCUUAGUUGGAGAGUAUGCCUGCGGCAAUGCAAGUAGUAAUUCUAAUGACUAUGGUAAUCUUAGCCUCUACUCAGAGUUGAUCACAGGUAGUUUGGGUCAAAUGAGUUAUGGCAAACUAGGCAAGUACUCGGAUCGUCGCUCUCAGCGGUGA